UAUCAUCAUCACCGUCAUCGUCAACUAAGCGAAAGAAGGAAGACGUCAACGCGGUGCCCUGAUGGAUUCGCCACGCCCGGCACAUUACAGUUUUUCUGCGUCGCAGCUCUCUUCCGCUGUUAAUGCAACAACGAGCACGGUUUACCUGGCCUCCUCGCCAUCUUCGAGCUGCUCGGUCAACCUCAGCGACGUCGACGACAGCACGUUCUACGGCUCCACGCAUGCAUCGCAGCCGUUCCCCGCUAACGCGCGCGUCCCGUCCGAAACCUCGACGGAGCGUCGCAGCUGCGCCAGUUCAGCUGGAAGCAGCCGCAAGCGGGACGACGAAGCGUAUCUGACGUACUUCGACGUGGGCAGCGAGUCGACGCGACGAUGGCGCGAUGUGCUGCCCGGCGGUCGGGCGGCCAAUCUGAUCUGCAUCUCGGUCCUGGCCGUCGUGUGCUGCGUCUUGGCAUCAAGACUCUUACUAGAGAAGGUGUCCGCGCUCCGACUAGCCGACGCCAUCGUUACGCUGGACUCGAUUAACGAAACGAAGACCGUGCUCGUGCGUGGGGUGCCCGUUGAAGGGAGCCGAUUGACAACCUGGACUUCGCCAUCCCUUGUUCGAAAUAGUAACGCGUCGAGACAAACAGGCGGGCUGAGGACGAAGGAAGGUGUUGCCAACAUCGGCGGAGCGUCAGAAAAGCGCAACAGAGGUCCGGCUUUCCGGCGUUACCACCCCGUCACGCGACCGAAGAAGAUGCCAGAGCAGCACCUGAGUAACACCAGCGUAGUACCAUCGUCACCGGUAGGUGGAGCUUCAGCACGAAUCAGGCCUGCUCCACAUACGACCAAAUUCGAUGAUAACCCGACUUAUGAUCUGAACAUUAUACGACCGUCACCACAGACCACCGUGAGUGCAUGGCUGAAGGGGAGAAGAUCGGCAACGACGCGGCACACUUCUUACACCGUCUACAUCAAGACCGACAAACCAACAUCGCUGCCAUCAACCCUCCCUCGAGCAGAGAGAAGGUCGAUUCUUCAGAACGGCACCGUAACCUCAUCUGUGCAGAGUCUGCCGCAGCAUUUAGCAAUCGCUGGCAGGUCUCUACUGCGAGCCGAUUUUUAUUGAAAACGUACUAGUCCGAAAAAAGCAUUAAUUAGAACUAUACAACGUGUACAACCUCUCGAAAACAUGUUACUGCCCCGCUUUGGAAGACCAAUAGUUACAAAUUAACCUAGUACGAACUGCAACAAUAAACUUGCUAUAAUCACUUCAUGAAA